AUGGAAGAUCGAUUAGGAACGACGGGAAGUUCUUUAUCAUUGAAUGAGAUCGAUACAACCCAAAACUAUCUGCGUGCUGGGGACAACUCGGCCAUGGCCAUGACAAUUCCAACAACAAAAACAACAACAAACAGUGCGCUUUGUGUGCUAGUUAAUGGACGUCGUAUCCAACAACGCUAUGAAUUGUUAACUGCCGGUCCUGUGCAAGUGUGUCGAGUUCCUCAUGCGAAAAACAUCAUAGAAAAAAUCCGUUUCUCCCGUUUCCUCCGCCGAUGGGAAGAUCACGACAUAAGUCUUGCACACAAUGAAAUCUUAUCUAAAACACCCGAAGGUUACUUGGACCGGCCGAUACUUUACUCUUCGAUUGAAGACAUUGCCAUAUGGUCUAAAGCAAAAAUGAUCGAGACUGAUUGUCAUUUCUGUAUCCGAAUUGUUACGAACGAAUGUGUCUAUUUCUUUCAAAUGAAUUCAAUGAAUUUGAGAGAUCAAUGGUUUCAUUCAAUUCUUUGGAAAAGAAAUAAAUUAAAAUUCGAACGAAUUCUACGAACAGCUAAUCGUCCGGAAAUACUAUUAAGAGAAAUGACAAAUAUGAUUGAUUUUGCACUAACAACUCCCAUUGAAAAUCCUGAAAUUCAUCAUUUUCCCUUGGAAAUUAUCUCCGAAAUUCUUCAACAGCAGCAAUUCAAUCUACCUCGAUACGUCCACGAAAAUGUGAUUGUAGCAUUAGCGCCUUUACUCGAGAAGAAUUAUCCAUCGCCUGAAAUAUGUGAUUUCUUCAGUCGACAUUGCCGUGAUAGUCCUCGCUCACACAUUGUUAUCGAAAUGUUCACACCAGUCGUGCAAAGGAUUUUAAAACAUAAUACCGAUUUCGGUAAAUAUCCACGUAUGCGAAUAUUUGUUCAAGAAUACUUACUAGCACUUAAUUCACAAAAUGAUGGGCUACGUGUCGUACAAGAAUUUAUUAAAAAAAUACAUGGUCCAACAAUGAUCUGUCCAUUCCCACGCGUUCUAUCCAAUUUUGUAUCUGUAUGUCUUGCAGCUAUUUACAACUUUUUCGAAGAUCGAAAAAACUUCAAAUUCGAAGAUAAACAAAGCUGUCGGGCAUAUGAAGAGGAAACUGAAUGUCAACUAGUUUGCUAUACAAAAAUGUUAGAAACUAUGUCGACGUUCGAUGAUUGGAGACCUCAUCUUGGUUUACUACUUCAAUCGAUUCCAUUUCCCGAUGAGGCUUUAACACAUGAUCGAUUUAUUGAAAUAUUCAAAAACGUGGUUAAAUAUGUGGUUGAAGAUACGCGAUGUGAGGUUCAUCAGACCGUUCUUGGAAUUCGCGAAGGUAAAGAAGGUUGGUUUGAAAUGUUCUGUUUGGGUGGCAUUGCCUGUGAUGACGACGGAGAAAUGUUUUCUCUCAUGCUUAGUAAACUAAUCUCUUGUUGUUGUCGAAAGAAACGAUUCUUACUAAGCAUCAAUAAAUUAUUACCGGCGUUGAUGUUGCUUGCACUACGUGAAAAUCAUAGUUCACUAGAAACUCUCUGUGCAAUGCUCGAUUUGGAUGCUGUGGAGAAUCGUGAUAAUAAACUGCAAUUAAUAUCCACAUUACAAUCAACAUCAACAGGCUUGAAAAUGUAUGCAAAAGUAUGCGAGAGACAAAUUGCAUUACGCGAAUUACAACAAAAAGGUGGCCCACGGAAACUAACACUGCCAUCACGUUCGACUGAUAGCGAUUUAACUAAACUUCUCUCGAGUGGCUCGUUCGGAAAUUUGGAAUGUUUGAGCUUAGCGUUCACUAAUGUCACCAGUGCAUGUGCUGAACAAUUGAUAAAACUGCCCGCAUUGAGAUAUCUGAAUCUCUGGUCGACACAAUUCGGUGAUGCUGGUUUAGAACUAAUCUCCGAACAUCUAAACCGAUUGCAAGUACUUAAUCUAUGUGAAACACCAGUUACUGAUAAAGGAUUAGCAUAUUUAACAUGUAUGAAAAUGUUGAGAAAACUCAAUCUGAAUUCAACACAUUUAUCUCCGUUGACAUUUGAAACUUUGAAAGAAAAACUACCUGCUCUUCAAGAAUGCGAUAUACGAUAUACAGAUGCCUGGUGA